AUGCAUUAUCCUAGAAUACCAGAAAGAUGUGGCCAUAUAUCUCAAUGUAUUGGAAUGAAUGUUUUAGUUUGUGGUGGAUAUCAGGUAAAUGAUUCAUACUAUUUAUCACCAUGUGAUAUUUGGGUUUAUAAUUUAGAAUUAGAAACAUGGAAAUUACAUAAAAGUAGAGGAGAGGUACCAAAUGGUAUGUCGGGAAGCUGUAGUUGUGUUUAUGAUGAAUUUUUAUAUGUGAUAGCAGGACAUUCUUAUGAAGGAAAUGUGAAUACUGUACAUAAACUUAAUUUAAAAACUUUGACAUGGUCUAAACUAACAGUGUUGGGUGAAGCCUUAAGUCCUAGAGACAAAGCUACAUGCUGGUGUUAUGAUAAUAAAAUAUAUGUUUUUGGUGGAUUUGGUGUUCCAUUAAAUCAUUAUAUUCACGACCAUGGUAAUUUUGAAUUUGAUCCAACUUUACAGAUGCGUGAUAGAGGAUCAUUACAUAACCGAGGUUGGAAUAAUCAAGUGGUUGUAUUUGACAUUAAAGAUGAAACUUGGUCAAACCCAAAGUGCAAGGGUGUUUUACCUCAGCCUAGAGCUGCCCAUGCUACAGCUAGAAUAGGUGAUAAUGUUUAUUUAUUUGGUGGAAGAUAUCUAUAUGAUAGAUUGAAUGAUCUUCAUUGUUUAAAUUUGAAGACUCUAACUUGGAGUGGAGAGUUAAAUAUAAGUUCUAACAUACCAGUUGGAAGAUCAUGGCAUACAUUAACUUCCGUAUCAGAAAAACUUUUGUUUCUGUACGGUGGUUAUACCCAAAAUCAAGUGCCUUUAAGUGAUGCAUGGGUUUUGGAUGUGAUAAGUUUACAAUGGACACAAUUAAAUGUUCCUAUCAAUAGACCGAGGUUAUGGCACAGUGCUUGUGUAUCACAAGAAGAAGAUAUUGUUAUAUUUGGUGGCUGUGCCAGUAAUAUAUUAGAUCAAAGACAAAUGACUGCACAUACCAAUGAUAUUAUAUGUUUUCGAGUCAGUCCUAAAUCACUUCAAAGGUUGUGUUUUGAAGCUGUAUUUUCCAUGAAGGAUAAAACCCAAUCGUCAUGGGAGUUCUUGCCAUAUAAUAUUAGAAAUAUGUUAAAUGAUAAACUGAAUAUCAGUCAGAUGAAUAACCUCAAUAGAAAGAAAAGAGUGAGGACAACAUCAUCCUCGUCUGCAAUCAGUCGGAAUACAACAUGUACCAUAUCUUGAUGGUUAUUCUGUAAUAUUUUAACUGUGUGGAUGAUUAGAAGAUGUUGUGACAGACUGACUAAGAAGGGCAGCAUUAUGGUGAAAUAAAUGGCAGAAUC